AUUGUCCCCACCCACCAAGCCAGUCUUCCCCAGGACCCAAGACACUUCCUCUUCCCCUGUCUCUCCCUGACGCAUCCCCACCCCGAGCCCUGCCCACCUUCCAAUGCCCACAGCUGCUUCCAGCCCAGGCUGGGAAGUGGGUGUAUAUCACACAGGGGACUCAGGUGGUGUACAUUCGGAGCUAAAGGGCAAGGGAGGAGGACCGAAAGGAAAGAGCGGGAGCAGGAGACCUCAGAAUUGGGGAGGGGGGAGGGGCAUGUGGCAACUGCAGCUCAAGUGACUCAGGUCUUGUAUUUACACCUCAGCCGUUUCCGUCUCCCCCCAAAGCCACAGCCUCUCUGUGAGAGGAAGCUGGGGUUUGUGGUUCCUGUUUUGCCUGGGGACAAGGAGUAGGAAUGAGGAGGGGGCUGGUAAGAGCUCUGGCUUCUCAUUUCAGGGUCAUUAAUGCUUCCCCAAGAGGAAGAAGGGGCUGGAUUGGUGGCUCCAAUGCCCAUUCCCUCACCUGUAGUCAUUCUUGCGAAACGAAACUUGGCUAAACUUUGUACUGUUGUUAUUCACGUCUACCUCCCAGCCUCCUUUGAGUUCCUUGAAGGUGGAGGCCAUGUAUGACACGUUGCUGAAUUUCUAGAGCCCGGCAUGGGUAGUAGGAUCCCAUUUUUCAUUGGUUGAGUGAUCUGGGAAGCAGACCAAAGGGGGUACAUUUCGAACAGCAGUCUGAAGGCCUGGUGGUGAGAAAGAGCUGGGAGAGGUGGGCACUGACUUUUGGAAGCCCACAAGAGAGAUUAGCAGGGGAAAGACGUGAUGAAGAAAAUUCAGGAUGUUGCUUUACCACCUAGAGGAAGGUAAGAGAAUAAUCGCUCCUUAUCUGGGACUUUGUGAAGUGACCUUAAUCGACACCUUUUCCUUGGGUCCCCUCCCUGAGCCUCACUUUCCAAAUUUCCAAUUAGAGGAACUAGAUGAGAUCACAGAAUCAGAAUCUUGGGCCUUAGAAUCAUCUGGUCUAAGCACACUUAAUGCAGGCAGGAAUCCUGCAGCAGCCAGCACCCCUGCCUCUGGUGCUCUAUUUCUUUUUUUGUUUGUUUGUUUGUUUGUUUUUUGCGUUACGCAGGCCUCUCACUGCUGCGGCCUCUCCCGUUGCGGAGCACAGGCUCCGGACGCGUAGGCCCAGCGGCCAUGGCCCACGGUCCCAGCCGCUCCGCGGCAUGCGGGAUCCUCCCGGACAACACAAACCCGCGUCCCCUGCAUCGGCAGGCGGACUCCCAACCACUGUGCCACCAGGGAAGCCCUGGUGCUCUAUUUCUUAUUGCCGAGUCUCUAAGGUCACCUUUAGGUCUAACGUUGUAUGUUCAUCAGUAAAUUUCCUUUUUUGUUUUCUCAUCUGUAAAACCAGGGUUGAACUACUACUUUGGUUCUAAGAUAAUUUGAGAAAGGGGCUCUGUUAACCACCUUGGAUACUGCCAACAGACAAUUCAUGAAAUCUUUUUAGGUGGGUGUUAUCUUUAUGUGCAGUUUCUAAAGCAAUCUAAAGGCAACAACAGAUAGAAAUAAGAAUGACCUGAAGCUGGCUGCCUUUGUUGUCAGCCAGAAACAGUACCGGCUAGGCAGGUGGCCAUAUUUAUUUCUGGCAGUUGCAGAGGAGCUGAAGCCAUUUGCAGCCAUGAUUAGUGCUGGUACGGUAGAUCACGGCCUUGGGCGUCCCCAACUAACGUCAUGGUUCUUCUUGCUGAUCCUACCUAUCCCAGUUUUGAACCGGUGGUUCCAGGGUUCUUCCAGCCUCUCUCAGUCCCCUGCCCCGAAACUGGGUAGGUCUAAAGAGAAGAUCGAGAAAAGACCCGGAAGUGGUGAGGACCUUCAAGCACGUGAUGAGGGACCGACAGGUGCUGUCACGUGAUCCGUCAUUCCUGAGUGCGGAAUGUUUAGGUGCUCUUAAAGGUACAGGCUGCAGGGCCCCCUGCUUUAGAGGGGGCGGGGGCAGAGUCCGACGGGUGGGGCGUGGUGGGGCGUACGAGGGCGCAAGAUGGAGGCUGGGGUUAGGGCCGUGGCUCGUAGAGGCGCCAGUGCAGCGGAGAAGCCGGAGCUGGGACCGGCAAUGGGACGUUGAUCCCUCUCACCUGUCAUAGACCCUCAUCCGCCUCAUCGGAGCCAACUCUGAACUCUCGCUGACUUUGGACCCCUCGGGGGACCUGAACUUGAUGCCAUGGGAGGCUGUGCGGGGCGGCGCCUUUCGGAUUCGGAGGGAGAGGAGGCCAAUCCGGCACUUAGGCCCCCGCCGCAGGACCGUCAGGGGACCCAUUGGAAGAACGCGGUGGGCUUCUGGCUCCUGGGCCUCUGCAACAACUUCUCUUACGUGGUGAUGCUCAGUGCUGCCCACGACAUCCUCAGUCACCAGAGAGCACCUGGGAACCAGAGCCAUGUGGACCCAGACCCAACACCCACCUCCCAUAAUAGCUCAUCUCGAUUUGACUGCAAUUCUGUCUCCACAGCUGCGGUGCUCCUGGCAGACAUCCUUCCCACCCUCGUCAUCAAAUUGCUGGCUCCUCUUGGCCUUCAUCUGCUGCCCUACAGCCCCCGGGUGCUCACCAGUGGGGUUUGUGCUGCUGGAAGCUUCAUCCUGGUUGCCUUUUCUCAUUCGGUGGGAAUCAGCCUGUGUGGUGUGGUCUUGGCUAGCAUCUCUUCAGGUCUGGGGGAGGUCACCUUCCUCUCACUCACCGCCUUCUACCCCAGGGCUGUGAUCUCCUGGUGGUCCUCAGGUACUGGCGGAGCAGGGCUGCUGGGGGCACUGUCCUACCUGGGCCUCACCCAGGCUGGCCUCUCUCCCCAGCACACCCUGCUGUCCAUGCUGGGUAUACCCGCACUGCUGCUGGCCAGCUAUUUCUUGUUGCUCACGUCUCCUGGGCCCCAGGACCCUGGAGGGGAAGGGGAGGCAGACACGGCAGCCCGGCAGCCCCUGAUAAACAGCGAGGCCCCAGAGUGGAAGCCAGGCUCCAGCUCACACCUGUCCCUUCAGGAAAGGUGGACCGUGUUUAAGGGCCUGCUGCGCUACAUCGUCCCCUUGGUGCUGGUUUACUUUGCUGAGUAUUUCAUCAACCAGGGACUUUUUGAACUCCUCUUCUUCCGGAACACGUUCCUGAGUCACGCUCAGCAAUACCGCUGGUACCAGAUGCUGUACCAGGCCGGCGUCUUUGCCUCCCGCUCUUCUGUCCGCUGCUGUCACAUCCGCCACACGUGGGCCCUGGCCUUGCUACAGUGCCUCAACCUGGCCUUCCUGCUGGUGGACGUGUGGCUGAGCUUCCUGCCGAGCAUCUACCUCGUCUUCCUGAUCAUUCUGUAUGAGGGACUCCUGGGGGGCGCGGCCUAUGUGAACACCUUUCACAACAUUGCCCUGGAGACCAGCAGUGAGCACCGGGAGUUUGCCAUGGCAACCACCUGUAUCUCGGACACCUUGGGGAUCUCGCUGUCAGGGCUCCUGGCCCUGCCUCUGCACGACUUCCUCUGCCAGCUCUCCUGACACUCUGACUCCUUGGAGCAUAGGACACAGUGACCUGGGCCCACACUGACAGGCGGGCAGGUCGGACCGACCCCAGGCCCACGGCCCAGAGCCCACCCGUGAGCUCUGCCCCCAGCCAUCCCUACACAGCUGGGAUGUAGAAAAGUGCUGAGGUCCUGUUCCCCUUUGCUGGAGGGGCAGCGGUUUUCUUCCACUCCCAAGCUGCUUUCGGGGAAUUUCUUUGUAUUAUGCUUUCAGAAUAAAUGCCUAUUUUAUCAAUUGA